UAAAGUCUUUUCUCCUAGCAAAAUUUGAAGAGAUUUGGAGAGUGCUUGGGGACUUUAACCAUCACUAGUAGAAAAAGAUAAAUGGACACCGCCAAAUGCCCACCGGAUAUUGAAAACCGGUGGUAAAAAUGUAAGACAAGACAAAAAAAAAAUACGUUUAAUAGAGAGAAAUGCCCACCGGUUAACCGGUGGCCUUUUCCCAAAUAAAUAAAAAUCCCUAAAUUAGAACACUCACUCUUUCCUUGUUAUUCACGAACUAUCUCGUUCUCUCUCCUCACUCUCCUGUUUCCUCUCUCCUCUCAAACUCUCUGUCUCCUCUCUCUUCUCGCGCCACCGCAGCCACCACAAGCGCAACCAUCCCCUCUCUCCUCUUUCUCCAUCCUAGCUUCCCACCACAUCCACCACCAGCGCAACCCUCCUCUCUCUGCAUCCUAGCUUUCCACCACCACCACCGCAUUCGUCACUAAUGAAGAUGUCAAAGCAAGUCCUUAAAAAACUUGGAGAACGAUCCCUAGAUCUCUAAUGGUGACGUUGCUCCUCACAAGGUUCGGCAACGUUUGAAGAGAGACCAUGGCAUUGAAGGUGGAAUCCCUGUGGUGUUCUCCCUGGAAAAACCGAAAGUAAAACUGCUUCCAUUCAAGGGUCUUAAUGGAGAAGAGGAAAAUCCUUCUGAUUACCAAGUUGUACCAGGGUUUAGGGUCCGGAUUAUACCUGUUCUUGGAUCUGUGCCUGCGAUUUUUGGGCAAAUUAUGUCCUCGUAUGUUGUCACAAAGCUAGCAGGGCUGCGAAUUGAAAAUGAGCCAAUAGUUAAUUUUGAUGUGGAGCACUAUCAAGCUCUCCAUCAACGGUUGAUUGAGCAUGAAGAACUAGUUUAUGGUACUGCUAGCGAAGUACAGGUAGAUGUUGAAGAAGUGAGGUAUGUUGUCAAGGAGUUGUGGCAUGGACGAAGUGCUAAAGAUGGUUCUUUUAAUGGCGUGGGACGUGCAAUGUGGCGAUCCGUUAACGAAUUGAUGCUUGUAAGGUGGGAUAGCACAAAGCCUGCAUCUGUUUCAAACUUGAUUCUUCUGAAGUUCGAUGAGGUGGAUGAACAUGAAUCAAUGACACUUGAUGACAUUAAAGAGAAGGAACCAGAGUUUUUAAAACGUGUGUCUAAUGUUCUAAAGCGAGCUGAUUUGGACUUCUGCCUGUAACUGCACUUCAUGUCCUCCAUCUCUAAAUUCAGUCAUUCUUGUUAAUGAAGGGUCCUUCUUCGAUUCAUACAUAGUCCUAAAAUCAAAAUGGCCUCAAAUAUGAAGAUCAGAAAGUAGUCAAGGGAUUCACUCCUCAACAGAGGCCAAAAAAGAAGACAAUUAAUGCUGCAAUGUAGUGUUCCCUCAAUGUGAUGGCCCUUUUUGUGCUAAGAGGUGACAGGGAGGCCAAAUCUCAAAUAAAUAAUGAUUAAUGACAGGGAGAAUUUUACAAAAUAGAUAAUGACAGGGUGCUGUUUACAAAAUUGAGUUAUUUAUUUAGAUCUCCCCAAGCUUUUAUGCCUAUUUACUAGAGCUAUUAUGCCUUUUAUCAAUUCUUCAAUCGUCCAAAAUUUUCCUAAAAUCCGUUUGGUUGAAUGUAAGAAUUGCAACUUCUUUGGAAAUAUUAUUUCCCAUGUUGGAUUUUC